AUGGCGGCCCAAACUGUCCUCGUCACCGGUGCCUCCGGCUACAUCGCCGCCCACGUCGUGGAUGCUUUCCUCAAGAAGGGCUACAACGUUCGCGGAACCGUACGCUCAGAGAAGACGGCCGAAGGAGUGCGCAAGUCGCACUCAAAAUAUGCUGAGCAACUAAGCAUUGCCAUUGUUCCCGAUAUGGCUGCUGCCAAUGCCUUUGACGAGGCCGUCAAGGGAGUCGAUGGUGUUAUCCAUACUGCGUCACCUUUCAUCUUCAAUGCCACCGACUUCGAAAAGGAGCUCAUGCAGCCCGCUAUCCGGGGCACCACGUCCAUCCUGGAAGCUGUCCAGAAGUACAACCCUUCCGUCUCCAGAGUCGUCGUCACUUCAUCUUUUGCCGCUGUCCUGGACCCAUUGCAAGGUCAGCGCCCCGGAUACACCUACACAGAGGCAGACUGGAACCCCAUCACCGUCGAGAAAGCCAACACCGACCCCGUCCUGGCAUAUCUCGCAUCAAAGGUAUUCGCCGAGCGAGCCGUCUUUAACUAUGUCGAGGCAAAUAAGCCAAAUUUUACCGUGACCACCAUGUGCCCUCCGUUGGUCUACGGACCAAUCAUUCACAGCGUCAGCGAUAUCAAGUCGCUCAACACCUCUUCCGCCGACAUCAACCGACUAUUCGACGGCUCGGAGAAGGAUGUUCCCGACACUGCCUUUCACGCAUUUGUCGACGUCCGCGAUCUCGGCGAGGCUCACGUGCUGGCCUAUGAAAAGCCAGAGGCUGCUGGACAGCGAUACCUCGUUUCCAGCUCAGCCUACAGCUACCAGCAGAUUUGCGACAUCAUCAGGGAAAAAUUCCCCGAGCUGAAGGAGCUGACUCCAAAGGGCAACACCGGUACCCCUCUUCCUCCCGCUUACCGACUUGAUAAUACCAAGACCGUUACUGAGCUGGGCCUCACGCUCAGGCCCCUGGAGGAGAGUAUUGUGGACAUGGUCAACAGCUUGCUGAAGCUGCGCGAGUAG